UUUGCAACUGGAACAUAGUCCCCCAGCCAACAAAGUUGAACAUGAACAAUUUUUUUCCACCGAUAGUUAGCGAGCAACGAGCGAGCAGAGAGCAAAUCCGGAGCAGCGUUGAGGAUAAGGAUGAGUAUACAAUUCUUAGUAAUUAGUUAUUAGUUAUUAGUUAUUGGUUGUAACCAUAGAAGACAAGCAGUUGUGAGCACUUGUAGUAGUUAUUAUAAUGUUUAAUAUCAGUGCUACAUUGAAUGUUUCGAGAUUGUUGUACAAUCCCAGUCUAUGUAUACCGCAUAUGACUGUUAAAUCAUUUGAUCAGAUAACGAUUCCGUUUAAGAUACCCGACCAUCCGGAUGUACAGAUCCGAGGCGUUGUAUUGGAUAAGGAUAAUUGUUUUGCCAAGGAUCAUGAUGAUAAAGUAUGGCCAGCCUAUGAAGAAACUUGGGAGUUACUUAAGAAAUCAUAUCCUAAGGAACACUUGUUGAUUGUCAGUAAUUCUGCUGGUACAAAUGAUGAUAAAGAUCAUGUACAAGCUCAAAAGUUAGAGAACGAUACUGGAGUUACAGUAUUAAGACAUGCUACAAAAAAGCCCGGAUGUUUUAAUGAAAUUAAUGAUUAUUUUAAACAAUUUAAUAUAAACAGUAAUGAAAUUUUAAUUAUUGGUGAUAGACUCUUUACUGAUAUUUUAAUGGCUAAUAUGAUGGGCUCGUGGGGGUUAUGGUUAAGUGAAGGAGUAGAAUUAUCUCCUAAGAUAUUUCCUGCUAUGGAAAGACGUGUAUAUGAUACUCUUGUAUCUAGUAGGCCCGAUAAUGCCUUUGUUGCUCCUACUCCUACUCCUUCUAAGGAGUGAGGAGUGACUAGUAAUCUUUAAAUAUAUAAGUACUUAAAUGCCCAU